UGGCGCCCAUUGAGAAGUAAUAAGUGUAUGAGUGUGUGGUGUGGUGUGUGACCCAGCCCAAUAUACUGUUCACUAGGAUUUUUUACCACUAAACGGGCAAAACAAACAGAAGUACAGUAAAAAAUCCGCAUUUCAAUAUGCAAACAAUUAAGUGUGUGGUUGUUGGUGAUGGAGCUGUGGGUAAAACAUGUUUACUCAUUAGUUAUACCACAAAUAAAUUUCCUUCAGAAUAUGUUCCCACAGUGUUUGAUAAUUAUGCAGUCACUGUUAUGAUUGGAGGAGAACCAUAUACAUUAGGACUCUUUGAUACUGCUGGUCAGGAAGAUUAUGAUAGGCUCAGACCUUUAAGCUAUCCACAAACGGACGUGUUCUUAGUAUGUUUCUCGGUUGUGAGUCCAUCGUCAUUUGAAAACGUCAAAGAAAAGUGGGUUCCCGAAAUAACGCAUCAUUGUCAAAAAACGCCUUUUCUACUCGUGGGCACGCAGGUGGACCUUAGGGAUGACAAUACGACAAUUGAAAAGUUAGCUAAGAACAAACAAAAACCAAUUUCCGUGGAGCAGGGCGAGAAAUUGGCCAAAGAACUGAAAGCUGUUAAGUAUGUGGAGUGCUCAGCUUUAACGCAAAAGGGUCUGAAGAAUGUCUUCGACGAAGCAAUUCUGGCCGCUUUAGAGCCGCCAGAGCCGGUGAAGCGCAGGAAAUGCGUCAUCCUAUAAACAGUAAGCACAUUUAAAGAAAAAAACAAUGAUACAAAAUAAUCACCCACAAUCUUAAAUCAUACGAGAAACGGAAAAUAAUAUAAAUAUAUCUAUAUAUGUAUAUAUAGAUUUUUAUAUAUAUAUAUAUAAACAUCGUCUACUCCUGACUUACUAUAAUCAAGUCUUCUUUAAAACAAUAUUAUUAGUGGCUGAUAUGUUAUAUAUUUUUUUUACGAAGGAGUAACACCAAAAAUGCAAUGUUUGCUAAAAAAAAUGUAAUACAGUAUACUAAGCUCAAGUCUUCAAUUGGUUCUGCAGUGUUUGUUUUCUUCUAUUAUUCGAAAUUAUAUUGGAUAUUUAUUAUUAAAAGUAUGAUAUAUGUAUUAAGUUAUCUCUUUUAAUUUGUAUUUUUAUAUAUACUAAUACCUCGUAAAGGUUUUAAUAGAUAGAAAUAUGUUUUAAACGCAUUUUUUUCAUUCUUUGCGCACCUAAAUUCAUGGGGCUAAGUGUAUUUAUUGAUAUGGUGCUAAGGAAACUAGUGAAGAAAUAUUGAACAAGGAUAAAGGGGGGGAUGGAAGGAAAUGUCUGACGAGAGAAAGAGGGUAUAUGUGAAUAUAUAUAUAUAUUUGGA